CCACCGCUGUGAUGGGACAACCGUGAUUUUGUCCGACCACAUUUCAGUUUGGAAUUUGGAUUGCAAGGACCCCCCACAGUGACCAUGUCUGACACCGAUUCCAUCAAGGAAAUGCUCAUCGACUUCGAGCUCGAAAACGACGAAUUCAGCCUUUGCUCCCAUUUGCUGCCCGAGCUGUCACAAUUGUCGCAAAGGCCACAAACGCAAAGCAUUGAAAUGGCGGUCUCAAAGCCGCAAUCAUCAGAGUCGAGAAAAGUUGCAUCUUCUCCGAACGUUGCUCGAGAUCAGGUUUUGCAUUCAAUAAUCAAGUCAAUGAAUGAGAAUCCUGCUGCCAAUGCUGACGCUUGCUGGGAUGAGUUGUGGGAAGAAAUUCUUACUGAUCAAGAAUUCUCUUUGAAAGAGGAAAAUUUACUUUUGAAGUGCGCCAUGAUGCGAAUGUUAGAAUUGUCAGAUCAAGUUUUACACGAGGAAGACAAUGAAAGCAGUUCCGUCGUCAGCUCCAGAGCAACCACAUCCUCAAACUCAUCAAUUCCCUACGCAUCUGCCAGUCAAAAUUGCACCUGCAAAAAAUCUGACGGCCAAGCUAACAAUAUGGCCAACAAGGUGACUGUUUCUGGAAGUUACGAUGAUGAUGAUGUAAAGGGACAACUGAAAAGGAGAGCUGCGAUUGCUGCUACCAAGUGUAAACCCGAUAGUCAGGGACUGAGUGACAUUUUGGGCCUGGAAGAGGCAAAGUUGACAAUUUAUGAAGCCCUUCUGAUGCCCACGCAGUAUCCACAACUCUUUAAAGGACUGAGAAAAGCACCAAGCACCAUCCUCUUCUACGGACCUCCAGGUACAGGCAAAACUAGGUUGGCGCACGCAGCUGCUGCUGAGAUCUCUGCAGAUUUUUACUGCAUCUCGUCAAGUGACCUUCUGUCAGUUUGGUUGGGAGAGUCUGAGAAGCUAAUCAAGGAGAUGUUCAACAUGCAGCAGGGAGACCGAAAAGUCAUUAUCUUUGUGGAUGAGGUUGAUAGCCUGUGCAGAGUGAGGAGCUCGGAUGAAGCAGAACACAGUCGAAGACUAAAAACUGAGCUUCUGGUCCAGUUAGAUGCAGCGCCUAUGAAAGGAAUUGUUGUUAUUUGCGCAACAAACUGCCCUUGGGAUUUGGACAAAGCCUUUUUGCGCCGAUACCACAGAAAAAUCUAUAUUGGAACUCCUGAUAGAAAUGCUCGAUGCCAACUGCUGUCGAAAUAUGAAUGCAUGAUGGACACCGCGAAGCCCAUCGACUGGACUGAAAUCUUGGACAAAACUGAAUUGUAUACUGGAGCUGAUAUGGAGCAGGUUGCUCAAUAUGCUCUGAUGCUUCCAGUGCGGGAGCUGAGGACCAGUACCAAUUUCUGGAGAUUUAACGACGAUGGACUUCUGCUACCCACAAAUAGUGAAGACCCACUGGCUAUUGAAGGGACGCUUGAUGGAGUUCCUCGGCAUUUGGUAAACGCAAGACAGGUGGAAUUGUGUGAUUUUGCUGCAGCGUUGGAUGCUGUGUUUCCUACUGUGAGCAAAAUGGACAUUCAAAAGUAUCAAGAUUUUGCUCGGCAGUGUGGGCAGUUUGGUUAGAAAAUGUGUGCCACGUAGAAACUGCGGAGUUAAUAUUUUUACCAGUAUGUUUUAAUUUAACACACGUGGUAAAAGAAAUCCAUGUGAUUGGCUUUUUAAUUGGGAAAGUAUGAAGAAUUGGUUUGAUUUAAAGUCAUGCAGUAACUGUAGUAUGUAAGACACUUUUAUUGUAAGAGCAUAGCCAUAGAUUGUUACCAUUGUCUGACAUGUGUUUUACUGGCCCUUUGCUGAUAUUUUUUGCGGCCUUCCAGAGGUCUCUCUCUUCAAUUCACUACUUGGCGCGGAUGUGCAGACAUUGAUCGUGUGCAAAAGGUGAAGCGUUUAAUAAAGAAGGCAGGCUCACUUAUAUCCGAGACUUUUGUGUCUUUUAUUUUUCUCUCUGAUCACUCACUGGCGCAUCUCGUGUAUUCAAUCUCUUUCUUGCAACAACGGUCAACAAUUAGGAAUAACUUUCGCGUGUUUUGAUUUCAAAGCAGGUGGGAAAACGCAUUUCCCUAUGAGAAUGCAAAACAUUUAAAUUCUUAUUUUGAUAACAAGUGAUAACAUUUUAUGGAGGGACGCUGCCCACCUGGACAGAAAUCAAAGCGCACAAAAUAGAAUUAGAAAGUGAGGCCGGCCUCCUUGUAAGUGGUGAAGAUCUUCUCGAUCGAGUUGACGUAGGCGGCCGUGCGCAGGUUCAGUCCCAGGUUAUACUUGAGGGCCGUCUUCAUGAUAGCCCUGGCCGAUCGCUCCAUCGUGUAGUCGAGACCUGAGUGGACGAUGUCCUUCUCGGAGGCGCCCGAAAUGCGCUUCUGGAAGGAGUCGCUGGGGGUGACUGGGAUGCGGCCGCCCACCCUGCCGAAACGCCUCUCCAGGGACUCCUGCACUGACUCGAGCAGGUGGUAGUUGGACUCGCGCUCAUACUUGAACGUAAGACGGCCAUAUGAGACGUGGUUCAGGUUCUUGAGCCACUCAAAGAAGGACACGGUUACACCACCGGCGUUGAUGUACAAGUCGGGAAUGAUCAGGAUGUUGCGGUCGAUGAGGAUUUUGUCAGCGGCAGGGGUGGUCGGCCCAUUGGCUGCCUCGCAGAUGAUCUUGGCGUUGAUUUUGGACGCAUUCUCUUUUGUGAUGACUUUCUCAAUGGCGGCAGGCACGAAAAUGUCACAUGGCUCGAAGAUGAGGUCCUCGCCUUCAUAGGGUUUGGCUCCGGGGAAGCCAACAAUGGUGCCGUGCUCGUUUCUGUAGU